AAUUCAUUAAAGUAAAGUAAAGACAAAAAAAAAAGCUUCAUAUUUUUAUAUUGUUUUUGAAAUUCGUAUUUGAACUGAAUAACGCGUCACAACUUCCAUCCGGAUUGUAUAUUGCAUGCAAGUCUCUGGAAGUUGGAAAGUAAUUUGGAGAUUUGCUCGUGACUUUCGUACAUUGGCGUCUUUUUACAAAAUUCAAUUACCGCCUGUCGCUAAAAAUAGUAUUAAAAUGUCUAUGACAACAGUUUUGCCGAUAAUCAAGACUAACGGUUUAUUGCUGGAUGACCAUAUAAAAAAUUGCGUUUCGUAUGCGGAGGCAGGUGCAAUUGCAGACAAUUUUGGUUUACCACGUACUAUCAAUGAUGAACCUGAGGUAGCUAAUGUUUGCACAUCGAUAUUGCAAUCAUUUACAGUUACAUUGGAUGAGCCAUUGCAAUCUAAUGAACGAGUUGGCUUGACGGGUGAUAUAAAUGCUUUAGGCGAUUGGCAAUUAAGUAGUUGCGUCGCUUUAAAUGCAACAAACAAUAAUCUAGUGUGGACGGGGAACAUGAUGUUGGAAUCGUGUCGAAAUAUUUCUUAUCGUUAUCUUGUUUUUGCUGAAGAUAAUCGAGGAUAUAGACAAAUUCGACGUUGGGAAACUCACCUUAAGCCGCGCACUUUAAGUACCUGUAAAAUGAAUUGUCAUCAAGAAGAUCGUUUCGGUGUAAGUUCAAAUGGAGAGAUCAAAUUUCAUCGCGGUUGGAUCACGAACGAGUCUAUUGUUCAAUUCAAAUUUGAACGAGAGAAAAUGUUUCAAGUACACGACAUUGAAAAAUUUGAUCCAGAUAAUAUUUUGAUCAAGUUAAUACCAUUAGAGCAGGACUUACAGACACCAUUAGAUCCGCAUAAUUCCGCUAUCAAUGUCGAGGUCACCAAAAUGCAAUAUGGCGAAAGUCAACUGCAAGCUCAGCCGUCUCUAGGAAUUGCUUACAAGAGGCACGAGAUCAUUAUAUUUCAUGUCAUUGUACCCGAUCCUACGGCUAUUGCGUUCGCUUUAACAUUCCAUUCGCAAAGUAAAGAGCCUUUGGGUAGAGCGAUUAUUAGACCAUCAGUCUUGGUGGCCAGUAGUGGAGAUUUAGAGCUUAAUGUAACUCAACCGCCUGAGAAAAGCGAUACUGUGAUAGCUCGCCUGACGCUGCCCUAUUUGGUUGUGAAACCUUUCAGUGAUGUCGAUCGGUUAAAUUUUCGUACAACUUUUGCUUACUACUGGCCAAAAAGUUGGCCCAAUCUGGACGUAGGCCAUCGUGGCAAUGGCAAAAGCUAUAUAGCUGAUCCUCCAGCAGAGCCGGAGAAUACCGUUGCUUCGUUUUUGCGAGCUUACGAAUCGUUUGCUGAUAUGGUCGAACUAGAUAUUCAUCUAACGGCCGAUAACGUUCCGGUAGUAUAUCAUGAUUUUGGUGUGCGAACAGCACCCCAGGGUAAGAUAGUCAAGACGAUUGACCAAUUGGAAUACAUCCUAAUUAAGGACAUUACCUAUGAAAAAUUGAAAAACUUACGGAUAUUUGCGAUAAUUAACAACGAGAUAAAAGAGUAUCCUUCUCAUAAUUCCGAGCCGGUAAUCGAACAUCGCAUCUUUCCACGUUUGAAGGAUAUUUUAGAAGCUUUACCCAAGACAUUAGGUUUGGAUGUGGAAAUCAAAUGGCCGCAAACCCGAAAAUGCGGUAAUUUAGAGGCGGAGCAAACUAUUGAUAAGAAUUUUUUCGUGGAUAAAGUAUUAAAAACAAUCAUCGAUAAAGGUUGCGGGCGCCCCCUAAUAUUUUCAAGUUUCGAUCCCGACAUUUGCACCAUGUUCCGAUACAAACAAAACAUAUUCCCCGUAUUAUUUUUGUCGAUGGGCGAAACAAAGAAAUGGGAACCUCUGAUGAAUCUGAGGACCCGGACAUUCGAGCAAGCCAUUAAUAAUGCUCAAGCGUUCGAGUUGGCCGGUACAGCUCCGCACGCUGAAGAUUUUUUGGGUGCAAAUGGUGCUAACAUGAUUCAAAAGGCGCGCAACUUGGGCCAGGCCGCCCUUGUCUGGGGUGACGAUUGCAAUUCCAAAAAAGCCGUAAAGUAUUUUCAAGAUAUUGGUGCUACUGCGGUCUGCUAUGAUCGAACGGACCUAAACGUAGCUGAGAGUAAGGAGAGAGCUUUCUUCAAUUCAACCGACAUUAUAGAUCAGUUCGAAGAUCAAUGUCGGCCUUAGAUAUAUAUAUAUAUAUAUUUAAAUUUUGUAAUGUUUUUUUUUUCAAUUCUCUUAUCGAAUUUAAAUUCCCACAAGUAUUUCACUAAACUAAUUAACUGCAUAAUAAUUACAUAGACGCUCACGUGCGGUAGCCUUCAAGGGUAAAUGGUAUUUGUCUUAAAAGCUUAGAUAAUAAAAAAAAAAAAAAAUAACAUAAAGAAUAGCAUGCGCACAUGUUAUAAAUUGUUUUACCGUUAACGCGGCUGAAAAUUUUAAAGAAAUAUUUUAUUGUUAAUGUUAAAAAUCGCACUUUGUUACAAUACUGAAUAAAUAGAUUUUAUUUUCUCUUGAACUAAGAUUAUUUACACACAGUUAGUUUUAAAAAUGUUAUUAUAGUUAAAAAUUUGGAACAAGGCGUCCAUGAUCGCGCAAUUAAUUAAUUAAUAUUACGGUAAUAAUAAAACAGCUUCCAAUUAAAAGAUUAGGUAAAUAAGUGCUAAAAAGUAAUAAAGCGUUUUUUUGCUUUU